AUGUCUCACGGAUGGAAGGAAGGUGAUGAGCCCGUCACCCAGUGGAAGGCCAUCGUACUAGAUGAACUGCCAACAAAUCCCACUCUCUAUCUGGUCAAGUAUGAUGGAAUUGAUUGUGUCUACAGACUGGAACUUCACAGCGAUGAGAGGAUUUUAAAGCUUAAGGUCUUGACUCACAAAGUAGUGUUUCCUCAAGUGAAAGAUGCCCAUCUCGCAAGAGCCAUGGUUGGCCGAGCGGUGGAGCAUAAAUUAGAGGGCAAACAUGUCUCUAAGGAGAACUGGAGGGUGGUGGUCCAAGCCCAGGUGCCGAUCAUGAAGGACUGGUUUUACAUCACCUACGAAAAAGAUCCAGUCCUAUACAUCUACCAGCUCCUGGAUGAUUACGCAGAAGGUAACCUCCGUAUCAUUCCAGAGACUCCUUCAGCAGAGGUGAAGUCAGACGUUGACAGUGACAUCUUAACAGGUCAAUGUGUGCAGUUCACCAGAAGCGACCAGUCCAAAAAGAUCAGCAAAGUCAUUUACCAAGUUCUAGCCAAGCCUUCUGUGUAG